AUGUGGGAGGAAUCGGCGGGUGUGGAGAGAGAGGCGGUCGUGGAGGAGCAGGAGGGUAGAAUCAGCGGAGGAGGAGAUAUGGCGAAUGACUUGAGCAGUGGGGACUUGGAUAGUGAUUUUGACGUGGAAAGUGAGGAGGAGGAAGAGGGUGGGAACGGUGGAGGCGAGAGUGACAUCAACGGUGACGAUACGAUCAGUCAAUGUACGAACGGCUAUGAUACGGACGAUCAUGGUGUUGGUGACAAUCAUCCAAAGGGCGCCGCGAUUGGUUUAGCCAGCAGGAAGCGGGGAAGGAGUCCGACGGAGCGGGUGUUAAUGAGAGAGCAUGAGGAGGAGGAGGAGGAGGAGGAGGAUGAGGAGGAGGAGGUGGAAGACGACGGAUUCAGCGAGGAUUUAGAGGACGAAAACGGAAACCGUUUAGCGGAUAGGAAUUGUACGUCAGUUGACGGAAACGAUGACGCCUUUUUUCGCGGAGCCGUUUUGGAGGGUGAUGACGAGGACGGAGGGGUUGAAACAGCAAUCAAUCCUGCAUCCUCAUUAUACGCUGCUUCGUUAUACGCGUCCUCGUUGUCCGCGCAUCCAUUGGCUCAAGCUCCCAUAAACCCGAACGCAUUAUCUGCGGCAGCUAACGGGUUAGGGUUCGAUAUCUCAACGAAUCGGUUAAUGGGCCUUAGAAGGUUCCUGGAAGUUGCGGGUGCGAGAGACGCCGAUGGUCGGGGUGCGGCUGACACGUGUAGCGGACGCGAAGCUGACGUGGCCGUUGAAGGCAGAGCUGACGUGGAGCGAUCUGGAGAAGCCGCAGCGCACGCACCGAAGGCUGACGUGGCAGCAGCGGAGAGCACGACGGAGGGGUUGCUCCCUGACGAAGUCAUUCUCGAGAUCAUCGCGCGGGUCUCGGACGCGCGCGCACGCAACUGCUGCGCGCUCGUCUCGCGCCGAUGGCGCAUGAGCGAGCGGCUCACGCGCACCUCCCUCUCCGUCCGCCGCUCCCUCGCGGACCUCCUGGAGCUUCCGCGAUGCUUCUCCAACGUGCGCCGACUCGACCUCUCGCUCUGCCCCCCCUGCGGGCAACCGCUGCUCCUCGCGGGGCCCGCGCUAGAGGUAGCGACGACCCUCCGCGCGGCCUUUCCGCGCGUGACCUCUCUCCGCGUGCACGUGCGGGACCGGAACGACGUCCAGUGCGUGGCGGCCACGUGGCCUGGGUUGGAGCACGUGGCUCUGAUCCGCUGGCACGAGUUUUCUGCAGCGGAAGCAGCAGCAGCCGCAGCAGGAGCAGCAGCAGGGCAAGGAGCAAACAACAACAACACUGACAACCCUAAUAUGAAUGCAAAUCCGCUGGGAACCCUAGAGCUGACCCCUUUACUAGUGAUGUGCAGCCGAGUAGAGAGCAUAGACUUAUCCGAGUUCACGUGCUUCCCAGAUCAUGUUACUGAUGCCUUCACUGCUGCUCCCCAGGCCGCCGCCGCCAUCGCUGCUGCUGCCGCCGCCGCCACCGCUGCCGCCGCUGCUGCUGCGUCUGCCACUGGAGCAGGAGGAGCAGGAGCAGCAGCAGCGGAACCCUCCUCCAAGCCUCCCCGCGCGCCUCUCCCCCGCCCUUCCGCGCCCAUCUCCUCUCUCCGCCACCUGAACCUCCUCAAGUCCUCCCCCGGCGCUUUCAAAGCAUCAGACGUCCGCACCAUUCUCUCUGCCGCAGGUCGCACCCUCCUCUCCUUCCGCUGCCUUGUCGAAUUCGACCCACGCCUCUCCGAUUCCCUCUCAGACGAAACCCUAAUUGAGAUCGCCGAGCGGUGCCCGCUGCUCACGGCGCUGCAAUUGGUGGAUUCGUCCCUCUGGGCGGCGCCCUCGGGAUUGUCGCUGGCGCUCGGGGACCAUGACGACGCGCUGCCGCCCGACAUGGACGCGCGGGUCACGCCGGGCGGCAUUCGGUCGUUCCUAGCGCGGUUGCUGGGGCUGGAGGAGCUGGAUUUGCGGCCGGCGCAGUACCUGAGGGGGGCAGAUCUGAGUCUGAACCUGAAGCGGCUGCGGCUGGGUCAGUUGAUCUUCGCCCACAAUGAUUCGCUGGCGCCAGUGCCUGCAUCCGGGGAAGAUGGGAACGGUGACGGUGCUGAUGGUACUGGUACCGGUACAGCUGGUGGUGCUGCUGGCGAAGGGGCAGGCGAGGGCAUGGUGAAGCAGGCAGGCGGGAGGCGGCGCCUGGAAGGCAGGGCAGGGACUGAUGGUACAGAAGAGCUGCUGUACGGCUCAGAAGCAGCGGAAAACCCUUCCACCGCACCAGACUCCUCCGAAUGGCCUGCUCUGCAGUCCCUCACUCUCCUCGCUCCCCUCGGAACCCUCCUUUCUCAACUCCCCUCUGCCGGCCUUCUCCACUGCCCCCUCCUCUCUCACGUCCACAUCCGAGUGUACGGCGACUGUCGUCUCGCAGCGGGGCCCGGGGCGGCAGGGUUUGGCCUUUCCUGUCUGGCCGGCUACCCGGCGCUGCGCUUUCUUCUUCGUCUCGAUUUAACGCAAGUGGUGGGGCAUUCCCUGAGCUGCCCCCCUGGACUAGCCUUUGAUGUGAUGGCCUGGGAACGGUUCUACCUGCAUGGGAUUCAGCUGCUGCCGGGGCUCGAGUCGCUGCACUAUUGGCCGCCGUCCGACUGCGAUCUCAACCGUCGAUCCAUGUCGAUGCCGUCCGCUGGGAUCCUCGCAUCGUGCCAGUCGCUGCGCCACCUGGCAGUGCAUUGCACGACGGCUAAUGAGCAUCUGCUAAACGUGGUGGUGCGGGGGGCUAGAGGGAUGCGCGAUUUGCACGUGCUGGGGGAUUGCUAUCCCGCUCCUCCCGAUGACACAUAUGCGGGCAUGCUCCGGCCGGCUUCGUUCCAGAGGCUGAUUAGGGUGCUGGAUGAGAGAGGCUAUCCUGAUUGA